AUGCCUCUCGCUUUCAACAUGUCCGAAUCUAUCUUCCUCCCGAAAGGCACCCAGGCGGGUGACGCGGCAGAGAUUAUCCGCAAACCCGAGGACACCCGCCCGUUGAGCCUCAAGAGCACGGACAACAAGACUUGUUCCGGCAUCCUCAACAUCAUGUUGAGGGACGUCGCUACUGCUGGUGUUUCCUCCAUCCAGCGUGGUUUCGUCGCGCAACGCCAGUUGACGCAGAACAUCGUUGACCUCGACUGCGCGGCCCGCGCCUACGGCCACCCGCACCACGCUCGACAUCUUCCUGUCCUAGCCUUCUGGGACAUUGCGGCGGCCUUCCCCAGCCUGCAGCACAGUUGGAUCUGGGCUUCCUUCCGUGCACUGGGGAUGCCCAGCGGGAUUCUCUCCUGCAUCCAGAUGAUCUACCACAUGAAUAUGGCCUUCAUCAUGGGCGUUUUUGCUUUCUUCUUCGAGGGGGGGUCGCUCCAGGGCUGCCCUCUGAGCGGCUUCGUGUACGCCGUCUCCACACACCCUUUCGCCGAACGCAUGAAGCACACAGUGGACUUGCGAGGAUUAGGCACCACGCGAAUCUGCGCCGACGACGUCGGCGCGGCCAUCCUCCACAUGAGCACCCUCCGGGAGUACUCCGCCACCUUCGCCUUCAUGCAGUUUUGCGCAGGCCUCCGCCUGAAGCUCAAGAAAUGCGUACUGAUUCCGCUCUACGCGGCAUUCUCCUGCCACGUGGUUGAGGUGAUACGCGACGCUUUGAUGGCUAUUGUCCCCGGCUGGGUUGAUUUCGGCAUCGUGAAGAUCGCCACCUACCUCGGCUACCCCAUGGGCCCCAACGUCGUUGACGACAUGUGGGGCCCUCCAGUGCAGAAGUGGCAGCCACGCGCCGACGCCAUAGCGCUCGCGAAGGGCUCCGCCACAGUGACGAUCAAGGAGUACAACACCAAAGCGAUCCCCACGUUGUUGUACAUUGCCCAGUUCUCCCUCCCUCCCCGCACGAUCCUCCAAGCUGAGAGCGCCAUCAUCAACAAGCUCUGGCACGUCCCACCGUCCACGUUUACAGUGCGCGGUAUGGCGCACGCCUCGCAGUUUGGAGCGGUCGACGUUACCUCGGCCUCCGUCGCUUGCGUCUCUGCUCUGAUCAGAGCAGCCUGCCUCACCAUCGAUUGGAAGACCCCGCUGGACCUCCUGCGCGGUGCCGACUACGAGGCUGCUCUCGAGCGCCGCGUUGGGAAUUUAGCACGUGAGGAGCCUUGGGCAAAGCAUUGGAAAUCUCCGGCCAUCGCCUGGACCCUCGAGCGUGUUACCACCAAGCAGGCGAUCGGCACCUCCAAACAACUCCACGAGGCAAUGAACGCUGCAAUCAAUGCCGUUCUGUCGUCCUUGGUCAUUGACCCGUCGGGCGCCGUCGGGCUCCGUCGGGCCCCGCCGUCGGGCUCCGCCGCCGGGCGCCGUCGGGCUCUGAUGUCCGGCGCCGUCGGCCUCCGUCGGGCGCUGCACGGCCCAUGCUCGCACAGUCCUCUUCGAGGGCUCUCCUCAGGCUUGCAGCGCACCGCCUACCACACGAUGAAGAAGGUGAUUUUCAACACCCCCCCAGGUGAUGCACUCAAGGCCCGCCUACGUCUCCAUUGGCCCGACGCCGUCGACGACAUCAACAGCAUCGAUUUCACGAACCUCAUGAACAUCAUGAAGAAGAGCCACGCCCAGGCCGUCGUUCACCCGUGCCUGUUCGGAUGCCCCGCCCGGGACGAGUGGACGCACUACGCCGACUGCUUCACGCUCUGGUCCACCGUGCACAGCCUCAUCGGGAAGCGCCCGCCGCCGAAGCGGUUCGAUACGCUCGCCUUGAAUGCCAAGACGGCCGACGAGCUCAAGACAGUUUUCAUCGCAUACGAGACGUACCACAGGAUCAAGCACUCACACCUCGGCGACGCACUCCUGCACUUACAAUUACGGCAGCAUGAUGAACUUAGUGGCCUUACGGAUCGCCUCGCGCACGCAGCAGCGCGCCUCUGUCGCUAG